CCAGGCGAUCACGUGAUAUCUACAAGCCCCGCCCCCUCUCGAUGUAAAAGCACUUCCGCCAAGAUGGUCGUCGGCGCCUUCCCCAUCGCCAAGCUCCUCUACCUCGGAGUGAAGCAGAUGAGCAAGCCCAUAGCGAACCGGAUAAAAGCAGGAGCCCGGAGCAGCGAGUUCUUCCGAAGCUACGUUUGUUUGCCGCCAGCACAGCUUUACCACUGGAUCGAGAUGAGAACAAAGAUGCGUAUCAUGGGCUUCCGGGGGUCCACCAUAAAGCCGCUGAACGAGGAGGCGGCGGCGGAGCUGGGGGCGGAGCUGCUGGGAGAGACGGUGGUCUUCCUAGUGGGCGGCGGGUGCAUGGUGCUGGAGUACAGCAGGCAGGCGGCCAACUCGCGCCGCAAGGAAGAGGAGCUCAGCGAGACCCUCAGUGGCCUCCAGACUCAAAUAGCAGAGCUGACCUUCACCACAGAGACGCUGAGCGCUCAGCUGCGAGAAGUCAACAGGCAACUGCUCUCUUUCCCCACACCCACUAAAAAGUGAUCUGGACACCUUCUCGCCACACUUAAAGCCUGAUGUGAUGGCGGCCACUCCGCUCACGGAAUAUUCUGUUUUCUUGUGGAGGGAAGAUGGCUGCGUUUUGUAAUCAAGUCACAUGUGGAGCGACCACGUAGAACUGCUGUGAUGUUCAUGGUGUGUUCAGGGUCUCCAUGUUGUUGAGGGUCUCCAUGUUGCAUGCUCACUACAAGAUGGACUCUGUAACGCCUUCCAAAGUAAUAUAUUUGAUAACAGCGUUAACCUGAGGGGGCUUCAUUUGUCUUUGAAGUUCAAUGUUGUCCAAUCUUUGAUGUUCAAUAAUGUCCAAUUAUUGAUGUUCAGUAAUAUCCAAUUAUUGACAUUCAAUGUUGUCCAAUCAUUGAUGUUCAAUAUUGUCCAAUCAUUGACGUUCAAUAGUGUCCAAUCUUUGAUGUUCAAUAUUGUCCAAUCUUUGAUGUUCAAUAUUGUCCAAUCAUUGAUGUUCAAUAUUGUCCAAUAAUUAAUAUUACAUUUUCCAAUCAUUGAUGUUCAAUAUUGUCCAAUCGUUAAUGUUCAAUGUUGUCCAAUCGUUGAUGUUUAAUUUUGUCCAAUCAUUGAUGUUCAAUAUUGUCCAAUCAUUGACGUUCAAUAUUGUUUAAUCAUUGACGUUCAAUAUUGUCUAAUCAUUGACGUUCAAUGUUUUCCAAUAUCGGUAUGAAUUUCAGUCAAAAUCACUGUUAACACCAUGAAGGUUUAAGUGAUCAAUGAAAGAUUAUAGGUAAUAGUGUAAGCUUUAAUAAAUGAAAUCAAAUAUUUUUGAA